CGCAAGAGGCUGGUCGACGUGGAGCGGGUGCGGAAGCCACGCGUGCUACGUAGCAAGCACCUAGCUGCUUCCGAGGAGCGGGGCACUGUGUGUAGCUUUCGGUCUACGUCGCCGAUCCCUGAGAAAGACUCUGCUGCUCAAUCCCAGCCUUCAGCGACGUAGCCCAGCACAGUCCUGAUGACUUCGUCUAAGACCCAGCCACAAGGAAUGUUUGGUGUUGUGGUGGUUGGUGUCGGCAGGGCUGGAUCGGUGCGGAUUAGGGAUUUGCAGAGCCCCCAGCUUCCUCCCAGCCCUCUGAAACUGAUUGGAUUUGUAUCCAGGCGAGAACUUGGUAACAUUAAUGAGACGAAGCAAAUCUCUCUGCAAGAUGCUCUUUCCAGCACAGAAGUUGACGCCGCCUACAUCUGCAGCGAGAACGUUAGCCACGAGAUGUAUGUCAGGCAGUUUCUUGAUGCUGGCAAACACGUCCUUGUGGAAUAUCCAAUGACUUUGUCUCUGGCGUCAGCCCAGGAACUAUGGAAAAAAGCAGAGGAGAAAGGAAAAGUCCUACAUGAAGAGCACAUUGAGCUCCUGACGGAAGACUUUGCUUUUUUGAAAAAUGAAGUGCGUGGGAAAGAGCUGUUGGAAGGAACCCUUCACUUUACAGGUGGUCCCUUGGACAGAGAACGCUUUGGCUUUCUUGCAUUUAAUAGCAUUGCUCGCCUGUCCUGGCUGGUGAGUCUGUUUGGGGAGCUUGCCUUCAUUUCAGCCAGCAUGGAAGAACAACAAGAGAAUCAAUAUCAGAAAAUGACUGUAAACUUGGAGACCAUGGACAAGAGGCCACUGACUUGGAUUGAAGAAAGAGGCCCUGGCCUGAAACGUGAGCGGCGUAUUAAUUUCCUUUUUGAAUCUGGCCGCCUGGAAAGUAUCCCUCCUCCAACUCAAGUACAGCAGAACAUUUUCCUGAGAGACCAAAAUAUAUUUGUCAAGAAACUUUUGGGUCAGAUGUCCACAGAGGACCUGGCCAAGGAGAAGAAACACAGUCUGCACUGCCUAGGAAUCGCUGAUGAAAUCCAAAAGUACUGCCAACACCCCCAAUAAGAGGGGCCCUUGGGAGGAGCAGAGGGUAUAAUGUAACCCUCCAAAAGCGGAUUUCAGAGCUCUUGGCAGUCUUAGAAAACAAUACUGGGGUGGUGGUGGUGGGUGUUAGUUUUUCCCAUUAAAAAGGUUUGCUUAGGGA